UGAUGUCGUGUGGUGAGGAGAGACGCGAAAAAGAGCAAAAAAAGGAGAUACAAAGGUCAAAAAAGCUCCUUAAACAGCGCUUACAGGAGGAGAGGCGUAUUGCGCGUGCGCAAGCUCAGGAGGCGCGCGCGAGGGCGAGAGCUGAGGAGGCCUCUCAAAAGCGCCUACGACAACAAGCUCGGAUGGCCAAAAUACACCUCAAAAAUCGGGUCAAACUGUCAAAAGGUGUAAUCAAAGAGCUUCUCUCUCUACUCCGCGCAAAAAAUUGAGAAAUAUCAGUGCGCGCACGCCUAAGAGAGUAGAUCAAGUUGAUAGGGCGACACCUGGGCUAUCA